CGUAGAUUCAUAAUAUUCACUUAAAAAAGUGCCUCACUUCUUAUCUUAUGCGGAGGUCAAAAUGGCGGACACAGCCGGAAGAAUUAGCACACUCCAGGUUCGCUGCCCCUGUGGUAAAAGCUUCGAGAACGCCGAGGCGUACUUGGGGCAUAGAGGGCUCUGCGCUACCCAUCAGGAGGGGGGGGAAUGUCAUCUCUAUGACUCCAGGCUCCAAUCGAAGGGCUGCCACCGUUCCAGCCAGAGCUUCAAUUCCAGCUUCAACGCCAAAGAAGAUACUGUGCCCUUGUGGACAGAGCUUUACGAAGGAGAGGAAGCUGGAAAAUCAUUUGCGGUAUUCGAAGACUCAUCAGGCAGGAAAGCCCAGAACCGGAUUUACACCAAAAGGCACAACGCCGGUCUCGGUGCCGAUCACAGCUCCACAUUCAUCUCAGACUUCGAUCUCUUCAGGUUUAGGGCUAUUACCAGGCACUAUCUCAUCUUCAGUAGCUUCACUUAUCCGAUGUACCUGCGGUCAGGCCUUUGAGACUCAACAAGUACUUGACCUACACAAGCGCGACUCUCUAUACUGCGGGCAACAAGCCGACAAGUCUCUUACUCAAAACAAACAAGAGGACAACUCCUUGGUCUCUUCCUUUGCUUCUCUGAAUUUGGAGUCCGUGUCGACUCAGGCUGGGCCUUUAGUAGCUAGGUUUUACUGUGUGUGCGGUCGCCCAUUCACCUCUCAGAAAGCCCUCGCAAAGCAUAAACAGGAGAAGGCACGAAAUGUGUGGCGAGAAAAGGGAGAAAGGAGGGAGAAAAUGGUCAAGACGCCUCGACCGCAGUAUCAAGAGGACGAGGACCUGCGAGACAGAGCCGCAGUCUUCGCGCGGCAGUAUUAUGGUGGAGAAUAGUAGGGGGUAGUAGAAGGG